AUUAAAGCAAAACAAGAGAAGUGAAGAAAACCCGUUUCUUUUCCUGUAUUCAAGUUAAAAUAUAUAUAAAAAAAUAGUAUAUAAACAUAAAUUAUUCAAAAGAACAAAUGCAAACGUCAUCUCCAGCAGAAAACGAAAGCAAAUGGAAAUUUGCCCAAUGCUUUGGUGACAAGGGCGAAUCAGAUGAUAUUACAGAAGCUGAUAUUAUCUCGGCUGUGGAAUUUGAUCAUACUGGUGACUAUUUAGCAACAGGUGAUAAAGGCGGUAGAGUAGUCUUGUUCGAACGGAAUGAAAGUAAAAAAUCUUGUGAAUAUCGCUUCCACACCGAAUUUCAAUCCCAUGAACCCGAAUUUGAUUAUUUAAAAAGUUUGGAAAUCGAAGAAAAAAUUAACCAAAUCAAAUGGUGCAAGAGACAGAAUUCGGCACACUUUCUACUUUCAACAAACGAUAAAACAAUUAAGCUUUGGAAGGUAUACGAACGGAGUUUAAAGACUGUCAGUGAAUCAUCCAUGAUGACUGAUGUUGAUAUGCCAACUGCCGUCGUUGGAAGCUUUGGUGCACCAACUCACUCGUCGCUUACAAUGCCCAAAAUUAGUCAUCAAGAUAGUAUUGUAGCUGCCAUCCCAAGACGUAUAUAUUCAAAUGCUCACGCGUAUCACAUUAAUUCCAUUUCAAUCAAUUCGGAUGGAGAAACAUACAUAUCAGCUGAUGAUCUCCGUGUCAAUUUAUGGAAUCUUGACAUUUCUGAUCAAAGUUUCAAUAUUGUCGAUAUUAAGCCUGCUAAUAUGGAGGAGUUGACCGAAGUGAUCACAGCAGCCGAGUUUCACCCUGACCAAUGUAACUUAUUUAUGUACAGUAGCAGUAAAGGAACUAUCAAACUGGCCGAUAUGAGAGAAUCCGCUUUGUGCGAUCAAAAUGCAAAAGUAUUUGAGGAGCCUGAAGACCCUUCUAACAGAUCUUUCUUUUCCGAAAUUAUCUCUUCAAUUUCCGAUGUCAAAUUCAGUCAAGAUGGUCGUUAUAUCUUAUCUCGUGAUUAUUUGACUUUGAAGAUUUGGGACAUCAACAUGGAAAAGAAGCCUGUCCGCACUAUCAAUAUCCAUGAUAACCUCCGAUCUAAGUUGUGUGAUUUAUAUGAAAAUGAUUGUAUUUUUGACAAGUUCGAAUGUACAUUCAGUGGUGACGGAAGAAAUAUGAUGACAGGUUCAUACAGCAACGAUAUUCAUAUAUAUGGCCGUGAUGAUGAUAGUGAGGUGACCUUACAAGCUGAUAAGAGUGCUUUUAAGGCGAAGAAAUUAGGGUCCUCAAAGAACAAAAUUACAAUGAGUAGCGGUAAUAACCGUACCUCCACAAGUAUGGGUAGAAAAAUGCGAUCUGAUGAUUCUGAAUAUAUGGAUUAUAAUAAGAAGAUUUUGCAUUCUUCUUGGCAUCCAAAGGAAAAUACCAUCGCUGUUGCUGCAACAAAUAAUCUCUUUAUCUUCACUGAAUGAUUUUAACCAAAAACAAAGACUUAACAAAAAUAACAAAAAAAAAUUGUAAUCUCCCUUUUUAAAAAAAUUGAUCAUCAUAUUACACCUAUAUCAAAAAUGUAUACAUUUCCCUCUCAUUAUACAACUUAUGUUUUUUUUACAUUUAUAAAGAAAUAUUGGGUUUUUCUUUUUUUUUUUU